CUGGUGUUAUCUGUCCAGCAAUAUACAGUGUGAAAAAAGUGUAAUUAAACCGUGAUAUAUUACCUUUAUCCACAGUUAGCUGUGAUUAAUAGUUGUUGAUAAUCUGACGAAGCGACAUUCAUAUGCCAUAUUUUAUUUUUUUGAGCUACCCGGCCGCCGUAGUGAGGAAACGUAAUGGCCGACAAAUAUCAGAAGCUCCCACACUGAGCCCUAUACAUCUGAUACAACUACGUAGAAAGAGAAGUGUGUAAUGGCAGCUGUUUUUCUGAUCACUCUGUAUGAGUACUCGCCGCUUUUUCACAUUAGCGUGGUUUCGCUAUGCUUUCUUGUAACGGCGGCUGUAGUACUUGGCUGGUUUGGUUUUGAUGUCCCCGUGAUUCUUCGAAGCUCGGAUACAGAGAUAGCUCUUCCAACGCCUGAGAAACAAAUGGUUCACGUGUCAAAUCCCUUGACCCUAGAAUUAGGGCUUAAUCCGGCAUCUGUCACUGAUGGUGCAUCACUGAAGCCUUGGUGCCUGGAGCCGUGUAUCCUGAGUUGUUUCUGGGGUUGUGAUAUUAUUGCCCUCCAGGCGGCGCUGCAAAAGCACCAGCACGGGCUGAGGCUCAGCACCCCCGAACAGUUUCAAAGGGCGCUUCACCUUCGUUACCAUCACUGCCAGACCUUCUUCGUCCGCAGAGAAGACAGCAGAGAAUAUCACACACGGAUUCCCUCCGAUCAGGGAAUAACAGAUUUUGGGCCCAUGCCAAGGUAUUGCUACCCUCUUGUGGCUGUGCUGAUGUUGGCAGAGGGAGAAGCCAUGGACACGUACAACAUUGAGGCCCACGUGACGGUUAUUCAUGUUCCAGACGACAAAUACAACCUGUCCGCGCGAGUUCUCUUUCAGUAUCUCCUCACCUUACAGGGAAACAUGUAUGAGUUAAAGCCUCUGUUCAUGUCAGCUGACAGCUGGAUGUUAUCAGGGGCUCCUGACCCAGAUACAAGUAACACGCAGAGCAAACCUAAGGAGGAGGAGGACCCCUGCGCAGAACAGAGACCUGUCGACGAGGAAGAGGCGAAGGACGAGGAGGAGUGGGAGGAAGAGGAGGAGAAGGAAGAGGAAGGAGGAGGCUUGUCAGAGGGGAGUGAAAGGGACUGUGUGGUGUGCCAGAACGCGGCCGUAAACAGAGUUCUGUUGCCGUGCAGACACACCUGUGUGUGUGACGGCUGCGUGUCACACUUUCAGCACUGCCCUAUUUGCAGAGCCUUCGUCUUCGAGUCAUUUGCCCUAACUCCGGGGGCAGCUUGCGGAUGAGGAUAAUUAGCAGCGAUGCUAUGUAGGUGUACAUUUUGUUUUGUUUUGUUUUGAAGUUUUACUAUUUAAAAUGAGUGUCAACAAAAAUAGUUCAAAAGUAAUGCGCUCAGCCCUGUUAUAUGAUUUAAAUAUCAAAUACAGUAAUACCUUGAGAUAUGAGCAUAAUCCGUUCCAGGACAGAGCUCGUAACUCGAGGUGCUAGUAUCGCAAAUCAUUUUUCCCAUAGGAAAUAACUUAAAAAAAUUAAUCAGUUCCGGCCCUCUAAAAAACUCCCUUAUUAGUUCUAAUAUCAAUUGAAAAACAUGUUUUUAUUUGCUUUAGAUACAAACACAAAUUAUUAUUUUUUUGCG